UAUUGUUUUUAUUAGACGUUGGAUUUUUAGUCCCUCAAUAAUUUAUGUUUUGGUUGUUGAAAUUCAUUUCUUCAUCUACUAGAAAACAUGGCAUUUGUUGUUGAGCCUGUGGUCUCCGAGCUCUUUAAGGGAUUGUUUAAGAUAUUGGGGUCCAAUGAGAUGCGGGACUUUUCCCGGAGACUUGUUGGAGGGGUAGAUUCAGAUCUGAAAAGGCUGGAAAACAAAUUGAGAAAAAUUGGAAAUCUUCUUCGAAAUGCCGAGGACAAGCAAUUGAUGGAUGAAAGCGUUAAAGAGUGGCUUCACAAUCUUCAACACUGGGCUUAUGAUGCAGAAGAUUUACUGGAUGAAUUUGCCUACGAAGCUUUGCGACGCAAGCUGAAGGCAGAGCACCAGGCUAGCUCUAGCAAGGGAUUUGGCAGCCUCUUCUUCAAUGUCAAAAUGGGGUCCAAGAUCAAAGAGAUCACUACCCGCUUGGAACAACUGCGGCAGGAAGGAUCAGCUGAACAUGAAAUGCAAGUGAUUUCUGGAGGGACAUCAAGUAACUUCGUUGCACUGCAAAAACCAGAGGAAACUUCAAGUGUCGCACCUGAGCAAGUUGUUUAUGGCAGAAAUGAAGAUGAAGCUGCACUACUUGAUAGGGUGAAAAACGAUCAACCAAGUGAAGCCAACUUUCAAGUGAUAGCCAUUGUAGGCAUGGGAGGUAUUGGCAAAACAACAAUGGCUCGAGCCAUGUACAAUCAUGAGGUACUGAAAGAUUUAAAAUUUGAGAUGAAAGCAUGGGUCUGUGUUUCAGACACGUCAGAUGUUCUUACAAUCUCAAAGAAAAUUCUGCUCUCAUUAAAAGGCUCUUCAUGGUCUAACAUUCCAGACAAUUUAAAUCAAGUGCAAGUUAAUCUGAAAGAUGCAGUUGAUGGGAAAAAAUUCUUGUUAGUCUUGGAUGAUAUUUGGGAGUUGAACUAUGACAAAUGGGAAAGGCUUAAAAGCCCUUUCAUGUCUGGGGCACUUGGUAGCACGGUGAUCUUGACAACACGCAAUGAAGAUAUUGCAUUUACUGUGGGAUGCUAUGAACCUUUUAAGUUAAAACAUUUAUCAGACGAAGAUUGUUGGUGCUUGUUUCAAAAGCAUGCAAAUUUUGCUGGUAGAAACAUUGUUGCUCAGGGUAAAGUUGAUUCAAUUCGUAAGAGAGUCAUUGAAAGGUGCAGUGGCCUACCCCUUGCAGCAAGGACCCUUGGUGGCCUUCUACGCUCCUAUGAGCAGAUUGAUGCCUGGGACAAAAUUUUGAAUACCAAAAUAUGGGACAAUGACAGUCCAAUUCUCCCAGCAUUAAAACUAAGUUAUCAUUACCUUCCUUCGAAUCUAAAAAGAUGCUUUGCCUAUUGCGCAAUUUUCCCUCAAGAUUACGAGUUCAAGGAGCAGGAACUUGCAUUUUUGUGGAUAGCAGAAGGUAUUGUUCAACCAUCUGAUACGCAGUUGGAUGAGGCAGGUGAGUGUUUUCAUCAAUUAUGUUCAAGGUCUCUUUUCCAACAAUCAAGUAGCCAUAGUUCUAAAUAUGUUAUGCAUGAUCUUGUUCAUGAUCUAGCUCAAUUGGUUUUUAAGGAAAUUGGUUUUAGAUUUGAGCAGGGUAUUGUUGAGCCACCAAAAAAGAACAAAAAGAUUCGUCAUAUUUCUUAUAUUUCUUAUCAUUAUAAUGGAAUUAAUAAAUUUGAAGCCUUGCAAAAGUUUAGAAGUCUAAGAACCUUCUUGUCAAUAUUCAUGGGGACUUAUUAUAGAGGUUAUACUGGUUGUUAUGUAAGUGCUGCUUUUAUUUUUGAUUUGUUGUCAAAGUUGGAAACGGUGAGAGUACUAUCUUUUGAAGGACAUAACAUCAUUUACUUACCUAAUUCAAUCGGAGAUAUGAUGCAUCUAAGAUAUCUCAACUUAUCUUGCACUAGGAUCCGUAGUUUGCCAGAGUCAACAAGCCAAUUAUUUAAUUUGCAAACUUUAUUAUUAAAAGAUUGUUUUUAUCUCAUAAAGUUACCUUCCAAUAUGAGAUAUUUGAUCAGUCUAUGUCAUCUUGAUAUUAGUGGUCAAAAUUCAUUGGAAAAGAUGCCAUUUGGAAUGAAAGAAUUGAAAAAUCUUCAAAUAUUGUCUAAUUUUAUUGUGGGAAAGGAACCAAGUUUGAAUUUAGAAGAUUUGAAGAGCUUAAGUUUUCUUCAAGGAGAGCUUCACAUUUCAAAAUUAGAGAAUGUAACAAAUCCAAAUCAAAUACAGGGGCAAAUAUUAAAUAAUAAGAGCAAUCUAAAAGUAUUGUUGCUAGAAUGGGGAGAUCAAGUACUUGAUAAUUCAUUGAAUAUGGAUGUAGAAAUGCAUAUACUUGAUAAGCUAAAGCCUCCUAGCAGUUUGAAAGAACUCACAAUUAGACGUUAUAAUGGUGAAACUCUUUCUUCUUGGUUAGGAGAUCCGUCAUUGCUCUCUAAUUUGAUUGUUCUUAAAAUAGAACAUUGUCAAAGGUGUACACUCUUGCCUUCACUUGAAAUGUUGAGCUCACUUGAAGACUUAACCAUCAAAGGGAUGUCAAAUAUAAAAAGAAUAGAUUUCCAAAUGCCUUUCAAGUCAUUACAAGUUCUUUGUUUUGAGAAUUUGCCAGAAUGGGAGAAUUGGGACACCAAAAGAGGAAAUGAAGAUAUUGAAAAUUUUCCUAAGCUCCGUGUGCUUUCUAUCAAAGAAUGUCCCAAACUUACUAGAAAUAUACCUGAUCAUCUUUCUUCAAUGGAAAGAUUUGUAAUUAAGAAUUGUCCAAAGUUGGUGGUUUCAUUCUCAAAUUACCCAAGACACUGCAAAUUAGAAAUUGAUGAUUGUGAGGGAAUGGUAUGCGAUAAUGAUUCGAUUGAUUUUAAGUUGCUAAAUUCUCGGUGUCUUGCAAAUGUUCCAGAGAUUGAAAUCAAAUUAAAGCAAGGAUCCCAAAAAGUAGAAUUUUUGAAAAUUGUGGACAAACAAGGUAUUAUUGAUUCAUGGCAAAGUUUGGCUGACAAUGAGAAGUCACUACAAAGAAGAAAUGAUCUCACCUCCCUUCAAAAGUUAUUAAUAGAAAAUUGUAGUGAUCUUGUUUCUUUUAAGAACAAUUUUUUUUCCAAUCUAAAUUCUCUUGAGAUUGAUAAUUGCAAGAGUUUGACAUUUAUUGGAAGGGACGUCUUGCCUCUAUCUCUAAAAGGGCUUGAGAUUAGAUCUUGCGAGAAACUAGAAUUUUUGAAGGAUCUAAGUACUUCUGUUCUCGAGUACUUGGGCAUUUCUAGGUGCGAGUCUCUUACAUGCACAUCAUUAGAUGGUCACUUGCCAGAGACACUCAAAGUACUUAUGAUUAAUGGAUGUAAUGCACUCAAAACAUUAUCUUCUAGAAAUGAGUACUUACCUAAGAGACUUGCAUCCCUCACCAUCUAUGAAUGUUCAGAGCUCAAGUCAAUUGCACAGUCCUUUAAGAAUAGCAGGUGUCUUAAACAAAUUAGUUUAUUGUGGUGCUUAAAUCUUGAAUCCCUGCCUCUAGGUCUAGAGGAACUUCCUUGUCUUGAGUAUAUUUGGAUGGGAGAAUGUCCAAAUUUGUUGGUAAGAGAAGGUGUUCCCACCAGCCUAAUUGGACUUGCACUUAUGGGAGAUGUCAAGUUCCAUAAGCCAGUGACAGAGUGGGAAUUGCACAACCUUAGACAUCUCUGUAUUGAGAAAUCUAAAGAUGCAACAUGGGUUUUACAAGAGGACAAGGGAAUGAGAAUGGGAAUGGGAAUGGGAAUGCUCAGCUGUUUGAUUUCUCCAGAGAUUCACAAGUGCCUCAAAUUGAAACACCUAUCUUCCCCGAUUUUUCAAAGCCUCACCUCUCUUGAAGAGUUGAAGAUCUUUGAUCUCCCACAGCUUGAAUCCAUCUUAGACCUGAGCAUCCUCACCUCUCUUACGAAACUCAUCAUUCACAAUUGCCCAAGGUUCGAAUCAAUUCCAAGUCUCGACAGCCUCACUUUGCUUAGAACAUUGAUCAUUCACGAAUGCCCAAAGCUCAAAUCCAUUCUAGCCCUAGGCAACCUUGAAUAUAUGGAAAUUUGGGAAUGCCCAAACCUCAAAUCCCUGCAAAGCCUGCCAUCCUCACUCUUGUCAUUAAGGAUUUCAAGAUGUCCAUUGGUGAAAAAACAAUUGAAAAGGGGUAAAGGAAAAUAUUCCUCAAAGAUUGCUCGCAUUCCUAGAGUUGAGAUAGAUCGCAAAUUCAUCUACAAUUCAAAGGAGGAAGAAUGAGGUUGAUCAUUUGAAAUUGUAACAUCCAAUCCAACAAUCAUCUGAUUUCAUUAAAGCUGAUCAUCAACAAGAAUCUCAGAACUGUUGUUUGUCAAGUUUUGAAUUCAGGGAAGAAGUUGGGCUAUCUUCCAUUGAAUUGAUUGGAAGCUUAUCUCCUUCGAUUUAGUUAUCGGAUCGUUUGAUCAGAAUAAAAGUUUGCGCUUUCAGAAGGAUUCUCAGAUUGGAGGUUUUUAAGAACAUAACUCCUACCUUACAGUUUGGAGCUAUGGAAGCUCGUCAAAAUUACAAUACAGAGUUUGGUUCUUCUAGCUGUUACAAACUGUUUAUCAAGGUAAAUUCUAAGAAUUUUAAGAUGAAAUCAACACAACUUUAAGGGAGUGAUGUGCCACCUUGGAUGCAAACUUGAAUAAAAAGUUCAGCUUAUGUCAUUUUUGCGGUAGUUUGUGAUCAAUCAGUUUCUUUUGUGCUUGUUGAAAGAAAGAAAAGGAAAGACAGGGGAUGAGAUUAAAAAACAUUAUGUCGCUUCAGAAAUUUGUGAUCUGGCUAGAGGGUUUGAAAGUUAAGUUCACUAACACCAACAUGGCUAGAGAUUUGGAGAAAAUAUAUACGAAAAGGGUUAAAGCAUAAAUUACUAGAUCAACUGGGGCCUCACCGUGUUGCCAUGGCACCUUGAACUGUGAAGAUAAGAGGAGUGUGAAACCUGAAAUAGUGCAAUGGCAGGGCAGCAACUAGGCAAAGGAAUGGAUACGGAUCAAACGGUGCAAAAAAACUCUAAAAUGUCAUCUUUUGAACUUGCAGAGCCAAGAAGCAUUACCAGAUCAACUAAACAGUUUAGCAACCUAAGGUAAUUUCUUAAUAGGAAUGUGAUGCGUGCACGGUUGAUGGCGUUGCUGCUUGCUGCUGCUAUCUUCCUUCAGUUUCAGUGUUCUGUAAUUAAGGAUUGGGCUGCAAUGGUUGUGAUGAAUUAUGAAUGUAAUGGAAAUGUAGUAGACUGAAUAUGGAUGAGAGAAUGAAUAAUUCUUUAGGCAUACAA